AUGUCGCAAAGAGUGCCUCACGAUUUGAACUGCUUGACCAUCGCCGAGCUGCAGAAGCAUGCUGCGGUUAUGAUGGACAAGCAGACUCGUGACUACUACAACGAGGGUGCCGAUUCUGGUAGCACACUCCAGGAGAACUUGGACGCCUACACCAAAUAUCGCAUUCGACCUAGAGUUCUACGAGAUGUAUCGAAGAUCGAUACCAGCGUGAACAUUUUCGGACACAAGAACAGUAUUCCUCUUGGAGUAGCACCGACAGCAAUGCAAAGGCUUGCUCACACCGAUGGAGAAUUAGCAACCGCCAGAGCUUGCAAGAAGAUGGGAGUUGCGAUGGGUCUUUCUUCGUUUGCAACCACAACCUUGGAAGAUGUGGCCGAGGCAAGUGGCGACAACCCACACGUGCUUCAACUAUAUCUCUUCGAAGAGCGUGAGCACAGUGUCAAGUUGCUGAAGAGAGCAAAGGAGGCAGGCUACAAGGCCGUCUUCCUCACUGUCGACACACCUAUCCUCGGUCGCCGCAAUCUCGAAAUCAGAAACCAAUUCAAGCUACCCGCACACUUCAAGAUCCCAAACUUCCAGAAUCAAGGCGACAAUGAACCAGAGGCCGAGGCGGAGCAGAGAGGCAGAAGAGGCAGCGAGGCUGGAUACACAGACAGCGAAGGCAACAGAGUGGUGCCAAAGGGACCCAUCACCUUCCAUUCACAUGCAGCCAACCCAACACUAAACUGGGAGAGGGAUAUCGAGUGGUUGAAGAAGGAGUGCGGUGAUGAGAUGCAGGUGUGGGUCAAGGGUGUUGCUACUGCCGAGGAUGCCUUGUUGGCUGUUCACCACGGCGUCGACGGCAUUGUUGUAUCUAACCACGGCGGACGUCAGCUGAAUGGCGCAUUGGCAACAUUGGACGCACUUCCCGAGGUGGUGGCAGCCGUGCAGGGCAAGAUCCCGGUGCACGUCGACGGCGGCAUCCGACACGGAACCGAUGUGUUCAAGGCAUUGGCCUUGGGAGCAGACUUUGUAUGGAUUGGCAGACCAGUCCUGUGGGGCCUGGCAUACAAGGGCCAAGCAGGAGUUGAGCUGUGCUUGCGCCUGCUCUCGGAUGAGAUCAGGCUAGCCAUGGGUCUUGCUGGUGUCACAAAGGUCGAAGAGAUCACCAAGGAGUAUCUGGUUAAGAUGGACAGGAGUGGAUUUGUCUCAAGAUUGUAG